UUUUCCGGGACCAAGCUUUUUGAGCUUCUGAUUGGCUUUCCAGGGAAAGGGGAUGGUAUGAUUGACGGCGCUCAAAAUGGCGGCGCCCAUGGUUAUUCCUGAUACCGAAAGAGUUCGAAAAGCUGUGACCUUGAUCAAUGCUCUGGAUACAGGCAGAUUCUCCCGCCUUCUCUCCCGCAUUCUUCAGAAGCUUCACAUAAAGACAGAGAGUACUUUCACAGAAGAAGAGGAAGAAAAACUUCAAGCUGCAUUCUCAAUAGAAAAACAAGACCUUCAUCUUGUACUUGAAACCAUAACAUUCAUUUUGGAACAGGCCAUAUAUCACAACUUGAAACAGACUGUUUUGCAACAGCAGCUGCAGCAUUCUAACUUGAGUCAUGAUAAAAUAGAAGUAUUUGUUACCACAUGGGCAGUUGCAGGUCCAGAAAUUGUGGAAAAGUUUAGACAAAGAAUUUUGUCACCACAUAAGCUUGAGACAGUUGGAUGGCAACUUAACCUUCAGAUGGGUCAGUCCAUGCAGGCAAAACAGAAAUCUCCUCAAGCUGUAUUAGAACUUGGAGUAAGCAGCGAAGAUUCAAAGAAUGUGGAGAAAAUAUUUGUGGAAUUCAAUCAUAAAGAACUGUUUGAGUUCUAUAACAAGUUAGAAACAAUACAAAUGCAGCUGGAUUCGCUGACAUGAUACUAUCUGAAGACUAAUUUCUCCAUUACAUUCCAACUGUUUUGAUACUGAAGAUAAAAUGGCUGAAUAUAUUUGCUGAAAUACUCAAUGGAUGGUUCUCAAUAAAUGAUUUAAGUUUCUUUGAUCAUUCACAUUAGGUAAAUGAAAUAACUGUUAAGAAAGUUUUGGCUACAUGGUAUCCAACUUUAAGUGAAGCAAUGUACUAUAUUAUUGUGCAGACUUUUGAAUUAUGAAGUCUGCAGUUUUUGUUUUGCAUUUGCAUUGUGGAUGGCAGUUUAUGUAAUACUAUAGCAUAAUAAACUGCAUGUAAUCAUUAUCCAAAGUAUGCUUAAACAGUAAAAAAUAUAAUUAAAUUGCUAAAACAUUGGCUCCAAUACUGAUGUAUUUUACCUAUAAAAACAACACUACAAAUACUCUUAACUUUGGACUAUUUUAGUUUAUUACUUAAUGCUUUUAUAUUUGCUGCCAGAUUUUCCAACUAUGACAAAUAGCAAGGUCUUCUUGUUUUUGAAUGCUUCAGUGAUGCUAAAACACUUUAAAGGACAAUUGCCCUCUCAUGCAUCAAAAAGAGAAUAAUGAGAAUUUCUUAACAAAUUCAGUUGUUUACUGGAUGAACAUUUUACCACCAAGGUUUGAUUUUAUAGAUUCCCUGCUGGAAAGAAAUUAAAAUUAAAUUAAAAUAAAAAAACAAGGCCCUUUUUAGUCAAUCCAAAGCAGCAAGGACAAGGUCCAGUGCUGCAAUGACGGCGGAAAUGGUUGUCGAUGCAGGUUGUUGAUGUGCUUUUUAGGGUACCUUAAUGGUAAGAAGCCGAUGAGUUAUAAUGCACACAUUACAUUACUAAUUGGAAAAACUAUGGAUAAUCUUUUACGUUUCCUAGCUUUCCCUAGGUCUCGUUUUCAUUCAAAAACUACCUGCUGGGUGCACAAAUAAGUGCAUUUAACAAUGCCAAUUAACCUGGCAGAAGGUUAAAAGUCUCUGCCAAGUGUCCUUGUGUAAUAAUUAAUUGACUUUGCUGUGGUACAUCUGGGAUAACAUACUUCGAAUAGGAUUGAGCAAGUCUCAGAAAUAAUAUGGAAAUAUAUUGGGCCUCAGGUGAACACAGCAGCACUUUUCUGGUAUUCAUUUAGGGGACUCACUUUUUCAAGCAUCCCUUAACUAAACCAGUAAAAGGAAAAUGCUUUAAAAAAAAUUUUUUACCCACAAACUCAAGUAGUUUAUUAUGGUUGUGCAGUUUACUUGGAGAGAUGCUUAAUUGAACAAUGCCAGAAACAAAAUGCCAUUCCAGUAUAAAGUGGACCCAACAGAAGGAUUAACUUCACCUCUUUGUUACAAAAGCCAUCAUGUGGAGGAAACUCCCUCCAGAUCAGUGACAGAGUGAUGGUAACAAAUACAGCAGAAUGCUUUGUACUAGGAAUUGAAGGCUCUCCCUGUGAACAAGGAGCUUUGGCAUACACACAAGCGGACAAUCAAAGCCAGUGGAGAAGCUUCCCAGCUGCAGUGAUCAGGCUUCUAGCACAAGAACAAGGGGUCAUGAAAGCUAAGAAGUAUUUUUUCUCUUCAGUGCAGUGAGCUAUUUUCUUCUGGUCCUUUCUUUAGCCAUCACAGUACAUGGCAGAGCCCAUUGGACAGAGAG